AUGGGUUUGCCACAGAAUGCUUCAGAUGAGCAAGCUCAUGAAGCUUUGCCGUCUGCUUCGAAUUGCAGUCUUUCUCAAAGCCUGCCUGUAAAUGCCACUCCCUGUGAUUCACUCAGAGGCGAGGGCUCCUCUAUUGGAGAAUUUGCUAGGAAAACAACAUUGCAAACUUUGGGGUUUAUAGAUGACCCUUGGAGAUGCCAUCAAGAAACUCGGCUUGUUACCUCAUCAUCUGCUCAUGAGCCUGAUUAUGCAAUGGAUAAGGUUAGUAACUGGAGUCGAACUGAAGUUCGACGGAUAGUUGGUUUCCAGUCAAAUGAAGCUAGCUCAAAGAGUAAUAAUGAACACACGAGUAUCACUGUUGGUGGAUCUCAUGAUGUAGAUAUUACUGGUGGAUCGUUAGUGAGGAAACGAGUAAGCUCUCCUCUGGAUACGAUUUUCCCUGAGAAAUUUGUAGGCGACCCGCUUGAUAUCAGCUGCAGCAACCAGAAGAUGACUUCUUCUGGUCUUUCUAAUGCACAAGAUCACAAAAAGGCCAAUAUCUUCGGUUCACAGAGGAGUAAACUUUCAUCUAUCGUUUUCACGGACGGUCCAUUGCUCGACUCCAACGCUCUGCAGCCCAAAAAUAGUGUGGCUUGCUUAUAUGAGACAUCUCAAGUAGCCGCUAAGAUGUUACCAUGCCAUAAGAAUAUAUCCGCCUCUCCAACACUUUCUCUGUCACCUCUUGGCCCCAGCUUCUCCGAGAGAAUGAAAGCUCUACAAGGGAGGAAGGUUUUCGAGGAUGGUGUUUGCUUAAGGAAGACCGGUGAAGAAGCAGAACUCAGGGAUAGUCAUAAAUCGUUUGACGAUGGUAAUGGUAUCCAGAGAGCGUUUUCAAUGGAUAGAGCUAUUGACUCGGUUCCUACUUCUCCAUGUAAAAGGUUUAGUAGAAGCUUGAGUGGACGUCCCAUUCAAAGGUCACUGGUUGGUUCUUUUGAAGAGUCACUCUUGUCAGGAAGAUAUUCCUAUGGGCAAACUAAUCAGAUCGACGGUUUUCUUGCCAUUCUUAGUAUUGCGGGUGGAAACAUCUCUCCAAAAUCACAGAAGCUUCCAUUCUCAGUAACAAGUGUUGGUGAUGAUUGCUUCUUACUAUACUAUGCCUCCAUAGAUCUCUCUGGAGCAUCAUCUUUGUCAAACAAAUUAUGGGGACAGAAAUCGAAAACGAACCAAAGCAACUCUGAUUCUCAGACCAUUAAUAGCCGGUUGCGGAUCCCUAUGAAGGGUCGGAUUCAACUGGUUUUGAGUAACCCUGAAAAGACACCUCUUCACACUUUCCUCUGUAACUAUGACUUAACUGAUAUGCCACAUGGUACAAAGACUUUCCUACGCCAAAAGGUUACUCUGGCCUCAUCUGCAGACCUAACUCAUGCAACUAAACCUAGCAAUGGAACUUCUGAUUCAGUGCAUUCGGCAAGCGAGUGUGAGAACAGGAAGUGUCGUGAGACUUACAGAGAAACAGGACAACGGUGUUCAAAGUCCGGAGUCUUACGCUACGCUCUUCAUCUUAAAUUUCUUUGCCCUUUACGCAAGAAAGCUUCAAAAGUAGGUCAGAAGAAAAGCUUGGAUGAUGGAGAGAGGAGAUUCUAUUUGUACGGUGACUUGAGAGUUGUGUUUCCUCAACGGCAUACAGAUUCGGAUGAGGGAAAGCUGAAUGUGGAGUAUCAUUACCCAGAAAAUCCAAGAUACUUCAACGUAACCAGUUGA